AUGGCGCAAUCAAAGGAGUGGCAAAAGAUGCUGCGGGGUGAGCUCUAUUGGGCCUGGGAUGAGGAUCUUCAAGCAAAUCGGACACGAUGCAAGCAGGCCUGUGAGGCAUUCAAUGCUGCUGGCUCAGCGACAAGACGUCGCAAAGUAGAGCUAUGGCGGAAUAUCGUUGGAGACACACGACCCUUGCCGCCAGUGAACCCAGAUCCAGAAGAAGAUGAAAAUCUCUUUGAAGAAACGGACCCAUUCAUCGAUGGACCCAUCUCAGUCGAUCACGGCCUGAACUUCAAGGUCGGCAAGGGGACAUUUCUGAAUUUCAAUCUGCUCGUCCUUGAUACAUGUCUCAUCACCAUCGGGGAGAAUGUAUUGUUUGGGCCCAACGUGUGUCUGUAUGGGGCGAUUCAUCCCUUGGAUCCUGCUGUGCGGCGUGGCUUAAAGGGCCCAGAGGCUGGAAAGGAGAUCCACAUCGAGGACGAUGUCUGGAUUGGUGGCAGCGUGCAGAUUCUCGCUGGUGUGAGGGUUGGUAGAGGCAGUACUGUUGGAGCGGGAUCGGUUGUCACGAAGGAUGUUCCCCCUUUUCACUUUGUUGCUGGUAAUCCAGCCAGAGUUAUUCGAAAAAUUGAUUCCGAGAUGGAUCCGGAGCGGCAAUCAUGA